GAAACAAGGCCUCAAGAAAUGUGAAUUUGUGAGAGGACGGUCAUCCAGAAUCUGGCGCCAGCUUCGAAUGCGCCGCAUUGCUCUUCGCAACCACCAUUCGUCUCUCCUGUUUGCUCUCUUCAGAUUGUGUUGAGCAUACGAAGUACUUGCACUGCGCGAAAAGGACGCCCUAGAGUUUCUAGAUUGCAGAGCAGGUAACUUCGUAUCAAUAAUGGCGUCCUCUGUGCUUGCCAAGGUCGGGGUGUCGACGGCUCUGCAGCUGGGGGCGUGCAAGGUCUCAGCCAGCAAGACGUGCCUGAACGUCGCUGCCCCCACCCGGGGCUCAUUCUUGGCAGGCAACAAGGCAAUCAAUGCACCUAAGAAUGGUGCACGCGUUUUUGCUCGGGAAGCACCCUACGCCCCGGGAUCAGAGGCCCCGGAGUACUUGAAGGGCGAGCUUGCCGGCGACAACGGCUUUGACCCUCUGGGCCUCGGCGCCGACCCUGCCAACCUGAAGUGGUACGUUCAGGCAGAGCUGCAGAACGGACGGUGGGCCAUGCUCGGCGCUGCCGGAGCUCUGGUCCCCGAGAUCCUCACAAAGGCUGGCCUGUGGAACGCCCCGUUGUGGUUCGAUGCUGGCAAAGCCGAAUACUUCGCACCCGCCUCCACUCUCUUCCUGGUGGAGCUCAUCCUUAUGGGCUGGGUUGAGGGACGGAGAUACUACGACAUUGUUAACCCUGGCAGUGUCUACCAAGACCCCAUCUUCUCCUCAAACAAGCUCCCCCCCGGCGAGGUUGGAUACCCCGGAGGCAUCUUCAACCCCCUCAACUUCCCCGUCAACAAGGAGUCCAAGGACAAGGAGUUGGCCAACGGAAGACUCGCUAUGCUUGCAUUCUUGGGUUACAUUGCGCAAUCACACGUCACCGGCGAGGGCCCCUUCGCCAACCUGCUAGCACAUUUGGCUGACCCCUGGCACGUAACCGUUGUUAGCUCGAUUGAGAAGUUCGUGGGCUCGUCAUAGAAGAUUAAGCCGGGAUCAUUCAUCAUAGUGUUGUAAAAAUGACCACCAAAGCGACUGUCACAUAACUGCCUUUUGUGUAUGAAUUGCCUGCCAAUGUCAAGACUGCCUUCCUCAGGUCCAGGAAAGGCUACGUAACCUGUCAUGGUCGUUGUUGAGCAGGAAAGGCCUUGCAAGCUGAUGUCUGAAUUUGUCAAGAUUCGAGUUCGGGAUCAAUUCCUGGCAUAGGAUUCGGAGCUUCAGAAGCAGAUGCCCAUUCUUGACAUUGCAAAGAUGGUGCAGCCACCGACGCGGAAAACUGUUUUCAGGCUUCUUCUGCUUGAUUGUAUGCCCAAAGUGGUUGGCGAUCAGUUGUGCCACUACGUGGAAGUUGUUGUUGCAGUGACAUUCCCAUCGAAAUGUAGCAUGUGCUACCUAGGCAGAUGUAACUGGACACUCCGAGGCCUGUAUACAAAUGACGGUAGUAGGAGCAGCCAGCAUGACUUCUGUGGAGAUGAAAUUCUGGUGAGCGC